AUGAGUAGCGCCGCAGAGUGGAGGAUAUUCCCCCCGCCCCUGAAACCGGUCCCGUUGUCCGUCGGGGACGAGGUUUUCGUGCGCACAAAGUCUGCCAAGGAAGUCGGGAAGAAGGGAGUUGUCUGCGCUAUCGAGAAGGUGGAAGCGACACCCGUUGUCGCUCCUGCGGCAACGAGCGAAAACACGGAGUUUUCGAGAGGAUACCAUGACCUCGAAGGAAGCACCAGCUGUUGUUCAGCCGAUCCUCCGGGUGGAGUAGCAGGCGCGCAUAGCCGGGCCAGUAGCUGCGACGUCGCCGGCACUACCACCUGGAGGAACGUCGACAGGCAGGAGAAGAAGCCGAAAAGGGGAAAGAAGUUUGAGGACACGAGGGCGGUGAUUCGAUUACCACGCCGCGCCAGCAGUCCGGGCAACCCGCCCGACUACCGUGCCCGCCCGUCGAGAUUGGUACGCAUCUACAGGUCGCCGCCUGCCAACAGGUUGACCGCCGCCGCCCCGCCCCUCCUCAUCCUCCUCACGGCGGACACGGCAUCUUUUCGCCUUCUCGCUGCUUCGCAAGUUCGAGCGUGCGACACGGUUCUAGAGGUAGGCUGUUCGACGGGGGAAACAACCGCCAUCCUCGCUAAGUAUGUACCUAAGGGUCGCAUUGUGGCCUUGGAUGUCGGGGCUGACAUGGUGGAACGGACGAAGGAGAGGCUGAAACUGGUAUCGUCGGAGAGCGAAGUUUGCGCUGACGUGGCCAUUCACAAGAUGGACCCGUUCCUCGAUCCGCGAGGCGCCGUCGAGGCCACGGAGCACGAGACGGAGGCGGGCAUCGGGAAGGACGACGGUGGUGCUUCUCGACCUAUCAAGGGUGGCGGUGUGGAUGCGGUUUUCAUCGAUAUUGGGGGGAACCGUGAAGUGCGCGGUGUCGUCCGCAUGAUUGCUUUUGCACGAACGGCCUUCGCGCAACCUCCAAGGCUAAUCGUCGUGAAGAGCCAAGAGCUGUUCGCCGAGCUGAAGGCGAGCUCCAACGCAGCGGGGAACGCAUGCGACGACGGCGCAACAACUCCGGCGGGAACGGUGUCCGAGGCCGGCUAUUACGCCGAGUGUGGGAGAAUAUUUGAAGGGGACUUGUGGUUCCGCGAGCUGCUCGCACGAAGCACCUCGGCCAGGCCGUCCUGCAACGAAAAUACGGAAGGGGGCGGCGGAGACGCAUCGAGCGGCUGCUCGAACCGCACCACACCAAAGCACUUUCACCCGAACAAGGCCCCGUUGCGUUUGUCCCCGACGGACGGCGUCACGCCGAUUUGUCGCUACUACAACUAUCACAAGGAGGGUUGCAAGAAGGGUGGGAGGUGUCCGUUUGACCACGCCGUGUGUCACUGGUGCCUCCGCCCGGGCCACGUUGCGUUGAGCUGCGAGAACGCGAAUGGAUUCAACGUGCCGCGGUGAAAAAACAAAAAGAGCUCCAGUAGAGUAGAUACUAGUGGCACACUAAUCGUACAAACUCAACCAGGACGAACAUAGCAGUGGUACGGCAGGGCAGGGAUCCGUAGUUUCCGUUGUGUUGGGGGCGUCAACGUGGCUUCGCCCGUCGCCUCCCCCUGAUCACUGUGACGCAUCGAAAGUUCUUCCGACUCCUCUUCGGCCUUACAGCUGUCUUUGCGCAGGCUGCGGUAGAAAACGAACGAACUUUCGUGUCUUUCCGCCCUGUUCGGAGGCCUAGACGCUCAAUCGACGUGAAAGGCGCGUUUGCCAUGACCCUCGGGACGCAGCAGUGAAGGUGGCACGUCGUAGUAUCUCUGGUUAACAUGUUGUGUAGACAGUCAUGCGUUAAGCCCUGGUUGAUGAUGCAGAUGGUGCCAAUGAACAAGCGGAGUGUUUUUGUGGAGUCAUGAGCAUACCCCUGUUUGACGAUAGGCACAGCACCAUGCGCGCGAUCCAUCCUCUACACGAAGCGCAGGCCGAGAAUGGCACUAUGACAUACCACGCUCCAAACACUAAAAAAACAUCAAUAUAUUGUAUACCCCCCCGGUCCCGCAGAACAAUGCUCCGUCCUCU